UCUCCGUACAAUAUAGAGUCAUUUGAUCUGGGAAACGGCAAAAUUUCAGCCCCAGGCAGCAGCCGUCGUCUAGAGCCCAACGAGGCCAUCGAGAAAAUGAUAGACCACGAACUGAAUGUACGGAACCUCAUGGCUGUGAAAGCCAAUAUAGAGCAGAAGAUAAACGCUCUCGGGACAGUGCUGAGUUCGAACCACGUCGGAAUGAACGAGCCUCUCGUUGACCAUGAAGGCUUCCCUCGGAACGAUAUUGACGUUUACCAGGUACGCAAAGCGAGGCACGAUAUAAUUUGUCUGCAGAAUGAUUUGAAAGAUGUGACUCAUAGGAUUGAGGACGGGCUCCACAAACUACAUGCAGAACAAGCUCAGAAGGCAACUGCGCAACCUCCAAUCACCCCACAAGAGCGACGCGCGAAAGCUUUCCUGAAACUAGAUAUUGUUGAGGAAGGAUCUCAAGCUGAGAUCGCGGGCCUUAGGACCGGGGACCUCAUCACGGAAUUCGGCAGCAUUCGCAAGUCUAAUUUCAAUGACAUGGCCUCCAUCGCGAUGCUCGUCAAAAACUCGAUUGGCAAGGCUCUGAAAAUUCGAUUGUUACGUGGGCUUUCAUUGGCUUCUUAUGACGUUCUCCUCGUACCUCGGGACGUAGAUGGUCGAGGUCCGAAGCUAGGAUGUAAAAUUGUUCCUCUAUGAAUUGCACGGUGUGAAAUCGAGAAUAUUCAUGAUCGAAGCGCUCCACCUGUUCCCGAAUAAAGCUCCCGCAGAUGCAACCAAA